AUGGAUAUAGUUGGUAUUUGCAUUCCGUCAAUUGAAUUGGUCGUAAAAAUUGCAUAUGAAUUACAUAACGCUGUUGAAAAUGCACGUUAUAAUAAAAAAAUGUGUAUAGAUUUAGGCGAUAGAGUAGAAGCAGGAUCACGCGCUUUGUAUGAUUUGUAUAGACAUCGAGAAGAAAGAGUUGAAGUAUUUAAAGAUGAAAGAUUUUAUGUCAAUCUUCAACGUUAUCUAAAUGCGACAGAGGAAGUUAAAGAGUUUGUCGUUGAAAUUACACAGUCAAGUGGCGCAAUGAAAUAUUUGAAGUCAAUUUCUUAUAAAGAAAAACUUUCUCAAAUUGUAGGAAGAUAUGAUCAAGCAAUCCAUGAUUUAAGCUUGGAAAUUAAUACAAGAAAUUUUAAAAAUAUUGAAAUUUUACAAGUUGAAAUUGAAAAAGGAUUUAAUAAUAUAAAUUCGUAUCUAGGUACAAUUCAAGAAAGUUUAAAAGAUAAACAAGAUGAUUUGAAAUUAAUAUUUGAACAACUUACGGCAUUGAAUAAAGGCAAAGGAAAUAGUCCAGAAUAUUUAGUUCAUGAGAUUAGUCUUGCUAAUUUAACAGAUCCAAAACCAGAUGAUAAUUUAGAUAAUUUAGUCCAUGGAAAAGUUUUUAAGAAACAUUUGAAUAAGGUUAUACCAGUUGCUUGUGUACCGUAUGAUGAAGAAAAUUUAGAUAAAGAUUAUCUUAAAAAACAGUUUAGAAUUUUAUCCAAAUUAGAACAUGCAGACAUAAGUCGGAGAUUGUCUUUAACUGAACUUAUACCUUGGAUGGCACCUGAAAAAUUAGGAAACCCAACUAGGCAGAAUUAUACGACAAAAUGUGAAGUACAUAGAUUUUUUAAAAUAGCUUGGUUACAUGCAUCUGUGCAACGUUCAAAUCUUUCAGAUAUUCUUAAUAAUUUGGCUAAAUUGUACAAAAAAUAUUGUAUACCAAAAGCUAAACCAAUUCGUAAAAAUGAGCAAAGUAAUAGGCCGCAUGCUAACCGCAUCACCAACGGUAAUGAUACCAACUAUGAUGAUAUUGAUGCUGAUAAUAUUUUAAUUUUACAGUUAGAAAACGUUCCAGAAAUCGAAUUUUUGCGCUACUUGAAAAAAGCUGCUUUAAAUGAAAAUCCGCAAGCUUUGUAUCAAUUAGGUGAGCUUUACCUUGGUGGUAAAUUAGAAUUCAAUUAUAAAACUUAG